UAAUUUAUCAAUAAAUUUUUGUAAAAUCUAAAGAAGAAAAUAUGAAGAUCCUGAUCAGAACUCUGCUCUUGAUAUACGCAGUCUCCAUUAAUUUUCGUGAAUUAGGUGCUAUUUCGGGAAAUCCAACUAUUCAAAGGAAUAUCCGUUAUGGGAACAAAGAAAUUGGAGUCUGGAUAAGUCGUCCACCAGGGAACGCCAGCAAAGAGGCAUUGCGGUUCGUUAUCUUACUUUCGAAGGCUUCUCGUUUGCGGUGUACCAGCAAGAUAAACCGAAUGGAAACGUAUUGGGGGCUUCAAUUACCGCGAGGUUUUAAUUACUCACGUGGAGAUGCAAUAUUAAUAUUAUAA